UUAAAAAUGUCAGGAAAAUUCGAAUCAAUCGAGGAAUUUUACGAUCAACCUUUUUUCUCGUUGAAUAAAUUUACUUUUCGAAUGUCGGGAUGGUGGCCCUUUCAAGAGACCAAAAAACGGCAAAUGAUUUGGAGUUUCGUAUGGUUUUGCAUCGUCACAGUCGUCGUCCCAGAAGUAAUAUAUCUAAUUCAAAUAAUCAAGGAUUUGACGAAAGUAAUUGAAUGUUUCAUGGCGCUGACAAUUACCUACGCUGCAUUCACCAUGGCGUUCAAUGCCUGGCACAACAACGACUCGCUGAAAAAGAUCCUCGAGCACAUCCACGCGAACUGGGAAGAUUUGCAGGACGAGCACGAGCUGCGAAUAUUCAGCGAGCGCGCGGCCGUCUCGAGACUCUUGAACGUCAUUUACGCCCUGAUGGUGUUCUACAACAUCAUGAUACACACGGUUUCGCCGCUGAUACCGCCGGCCGUCGACUGGUUCGUCAGCGGCAACUGGUCGAGACCCGAGAAAAAUCUCCUCGAGGUCGAGUAUCUCGUCCUCGACCCGGACGAGUAUUACACGCUGAUCUACGUUCACGGGGCCCAGGCCGGCUUCCUCGUCGUCUUCGUCAUCGUCACCUGCGACACGUUUUUCAUGACGAUAACUCAGCACUCGUGCGGCAUGUUCAUGCUUUUGGGGUACAGAAUUCGCAAGAUGGACGAAGACAUUUUUGAGAAGCGCUGCAGCAGCUCUUACGCUACGAGAAGGGUCAAAGAAAUCGUUUUUUACCAUCGGGACUGUCUCAGAUUUACUCAACUCUUGGAAGCAACUAUGAGUGUCAUGUUUUUAUUUCAAUUGUUCCCAACUGUAAUUAUGAUUAGCGUCGUUGGAGCUCAAGCGAUGAUUCGCGCCAAGGCAAUUGAAGAAUUGAUCAAAUUCGGAUUCAUAUUUAUUUCGAUGAUAUUUCGCUUGUUCUUCAUUUGCUGGUGCUCUCAAAAUAUCAUGGACAGUAGCCUUGCAGUAAUGUCAUAUUUAACAAAUACGAGAUGGUACGAGUAUCCCGAAAGCACGAAAAAAUUGUUUACACUGAUGUUCAUGAGAUGCGCCAAGCCUUCUUACCUGACGGCCGGCAAUGUGUUCACUUUGAACUUCGUUACUUAUGCAGGGAUGAUCAAAACUUCAAUGUCGUACUUGACGAUGAUUCUUCAAACGCAGGAAUCAAAUCUCUAACGUAGUGAUCA